AUUGCGCCAUAGGAUUUGGGUUAGGUAAAAGUUAGUUGUUGGAAUAGUUUUGUGAUACUCAUUUAAAUUAUUAAUCAUAUUGAUGCAACAUAAUGUAAAUGAUUAUUAAUUUUUCGUCUUAUAAAUGAUGAUACGCAAUCGUAUCUAUCAAGUAUUUCUGUGAAUUCCUCGAUUAAGCCAUAAGGAGAGAAUUUAAUAAUUGAUUGAAAUGAAUUAAUUGUAAUUAUGUCGUUUUACGAUAAUCAAGAAAAUAAUUAUCCUAGGGGUAGUUUUACACCAACUGAAAGUUAUUUUAAUAAUAGAGCUCAAAGCUCGUUAUCAAAUUCUCCAUACUUGAGAAAUUUGCCAGUUGAUAUAUCACAUUCUACACUGGAACCAACUGCCAGAGAAUUUUUUCCUACCACUAGCACAUCUGAAAGUCAUAAUGGAGCUGUUAAGAAGAGACCUCAAAAUAAAUUCAAGGAUAAAGAUAAUAUAAAUUGGAGAAGGUACGGAAGUGGAAGAACUUUUAACAGUUCUAGACAAAAUACAUCUAGUAGUCAGUUUUCAAUUUCCAGCUAUGAUAAAAAUGAUAAUUCACAAAAUAAUGAACAGCAUAGUGAUAAUCAUAGAAAUCCUAUAAAAUCUAAUGAGAGAUAUCAAAGUAGUUCAUCUUAUGAAGAUCGAUAUAAUUCUGGAUAUGAAGACAAUAAUUCUUCAACCGGCUCUUCAAGAAAUUUCAGAAAUACUAAAAGAUACGAAAAUCAUGAAGGAAAGUUACGGAGCAACUAUAAUGAGGGGAAUUCAAGAAAUUAUGAUGAUAAAAAAAAUAACAAAAAGCAAAAUAAUUUUUCUUAUGGUAGUGGGGAAUCUGGCAUGAGAAAAACUUACCAAAAUCAAAGAAGAAGCUAUAAAUCUUAUGACCAUAGAAAUAACCAAAAAUUAAGGGAUGAUCAUGGGUAUAAUAACUGGAGAAAACAAAAUGAGAAACCAUCUGAUUCUAAUUUGGUUAAAAAUAGCAAAAAAUUAAAUGCUGCUUCUCAAAGGGAAAGGUUGGUAGAAAUGCUCAAUCGUCGUACCCUAGAGUGUCUCGUAUGUUGUGAAAAAAUAAAACAUACUGAUAAAGUUUGGUCAUGUUUAUUAUGUUGUCAUAUAUUCCAUCUUCACUGUGUGGUUGCUUGGGCAAAAUCAUCGAAAAUAGAAAAUGGUUGGAGGUGUCCUGCCUGCCAGAAUGUCUGCAGUGAAGUUCCCAAACAAUAUAAAUGUUUUUGUGGAAAAACAAUUGAACCUAGGUUUGAACCAGGAGUAAUUCCCCAUGGUUGUGGAGAUAUGUGUUUACGUAAGGGUCGGCAUUGUGAGCACAAAUGUUCCAUUUUAUGCCAUCCAGGACCUUGUCCUGAUUGCACUGUAAUGAUAUCUAAAUCAUGUGGAUGUGGUGCCACUCAGCAAAUGGUAAAAUGUAGCACAGACAUAGAAAUAACUUGCAACGCCAUCUGCAAUAAAUUUUUAGAAUGCGGCUUACACCGGUGCACACAAUCUUGUCAUACGGGUAAUUGUGAAUCUUGUAAUAAAACGAUUAUACAGGAAUGUUAUUGUGCCAAAGAAGGAAGAAAGGUACCUUGUUGUGGUGAAUACAAAGGUCAAACACAAUAUUCCUGUGGAGAAUUAUGUGAUAAGAUUCUAUCUUGUGGAAAUCACAGAUGUGAGAAAAUUUGUCAUGAAGGUUCAUGUGAGAUGUGUACAACUGAUGUUAAUAAUAUUAGAACAUGUCCUUGUGGAAGGACACGUCUCACUAAAGAAAGAUUAUCCUGUUUGGAUCCUAUUCCAUGUUGCGAUAAGGUUUGUGGUAAAGUCUUUAAAUGCGGACAACCAAAUAUGCCACACAGAUGUGAAAAUAAUUGUCAUGAAGGAUCAUGUCCUACUUGUCCUUUAACCACUGUUAUCAAAUGUCGUUGUGGUCAUAUGGAUAAAGAAAUACCUUGUUCAGAAUUAACAACGAAAGCUGAUGAUGCCAGGUGUCAGAAAAAAUGCACAAAAAAACGUUUGUGUGGUAAACACAAAUGCAAUCAACUAUGUUGUAUAGAAGUAGAACACGUAUGUCCUCUUCCAUGUAAUCGUCUUCUAUCUUGUGGUCAACACAGAUGCGAACGUACAUGUCAUUCCGGCCGUUGUCCGCCGUGCGAAGAAACUAGCUUUGAAGAACUCUUCUGCGAAUGCGGUGCAAGCGUAUUAUAUCCUCCGAUACCGUGCGGCACCAAACCGCCCAAUUGUUCCAAACCUUGUUCAAAACCGCGUCCUUGCGGCCACGAAGUAAAUCAUUCCUGUCAUACCGGAAUGUGUCCGCCUUGCACUGUUUUAUGUAAACGUUGGUGUUACGGACAUCACGAACAGAGAUCAGCCAUUCCUUGUCAUCAAGAAUAUUUCAGUUGCGGUUUGCCGUGUGGUAAGGAUCUGUCGUGUGGGAGACACAAAUGCAUUAAACCUUGCCACGACGGACCGUGUCCUACGCCUUGUAAACAGCCGUGUACGGUACCGAGGGAUUUGUGUGGACAUACUUGUAGCAGACCAUGCCAUGAACCACCAUGCCCUGAAAGUAGUUGUAAACAACUUGUUCCAGUGACUUGUUUAUGUGGAUUGCAAAAAUCUACUAGACCUUGUAUAGAAGUAGUUGAUGAGUUCAAAAAUAUCCAAAUGGCUCAAUUGAAAGAAAAAAUGGGCAGCUUGUCGACUAAUUCUACAAUAGAUUUAUCUGAUAUUUUGAAUGCGCCUAAAAAACCAACUGUUCUUAAAAUUUUAGAGUGUACUGAAGAAUGUCGAGUUUUGGAAAGGAACAGAAGGCUAGCUAUCGGUUUACAAAUACGCAAUCCAGAUUUGAGUCAAAAACUUACACCGCGUUAUUCUGAUUUCCUCCGCCAAUGGGCCAAAAAGGACCACCAUUUUUGUCAAAAAGUACACGACAAGUUAACCGAAUUAGUUCAAUUAGCUAAAAAUAGUAAACAGAAGAGCCGCUCCUAUUCCUUCGAGUCGAUGAAUAGAGAUAAACGUCACUUUAUACACGAAUACUGCGAACAUUUCGGCGUCGAAAGUGCGGCUUACGAUAUGGAACCAAACAGGAAUAUUGUAGCAACUGCUAUUAAAGAUAAAUCUUGGUUACCGAGUAUGAGUUUGUUAGAAUUUAUUCAAAGAGAAAAUGGACAGAGGAAAGUACCUGGGCCCGUGUUGGGUCGCGGUUCUAGCGGUAAAACUGAAACGGUCUCUUUGAAAUUGCCUAGUAGAGUUCAAAGGCCCAGUACACCAUCUCAUGAAAUCGUUGAUCCCUUCAGAUCAUCGUAGUUACGAGUAUUUUUACAUUUAUUUGCAAGUUUAUAAAAGUGUUAUAUUAUGAAAUCCAAUAAAGUUUUUUUUGAUUAA